AUAAAAUAUAGUUACUUUAAGCAGAAAAGAACUGGCAGAAGCUAUUUUCUUCUAGAUCUCAUAUAGCACUGAAUAUUGAAUAAGCUACAUUAUCAAAUAUAUGGUAUGAAUACAACCUUUUCUUUCUUUGCCUUUUACUGGAUUUGUUGAAGUAAUCAGUAACCACCAUAUAUCAUUAAAACACCUUUGUCAUUACAGAUAAAAUAAUGGCAGCAAAGAACGACACAAGGACUGCCAUAAAAGUUACGCAGUUUCUUCCGAAGGUUUCUCAAAAGAUGUGGAAUUGAAUUCAGACUGGAAUAAGAGAGAAAAAUGAUGGAGCAAAAGAAUAACAACUAACCUUAAAGGAAAAAGUCAGCAAAAUGUCGUUGCCACAGCAAGUCAGUGUCCCGUCAAUGUCUGUGGCUGUGACAGUUUCUGUGGCUGUCCCAGGCGUCCAUGUUUCAGUUCCAGCCAUCAACAUAGAGGAAAAGGAUGACCACAUGAAUGUUUACCUCUGGAAUAAGUCACAGCAGACACAAGAUACCAAAACCCAAGGAAGUGAUGGCAAAUAUGAAUGCAGUGUAUGUGGGAAGGCCUAUUCCCAGAGGAGCAGCUUUGAGUACCACAAGAAAACCCACAGUGGUGAAAAACCAUAUCACUGCAGCACUUGUGGGAAAUCGUUUCUCAACAAGAGCAGUUUAGUUGUACACAAUCGCAUUCACACAGGAGAGAGGCCAUUUAGGUGUGAUGACUGUGGCCGUGGAUUUACUCAACGCAGUAUGCUGACAGUCCAUCGAAGAAUUCACACAGGUGAGAGACCUUAUACAUGUUCAGAGUGUGGGAAAGCUUUUUACCAGAGUGAUCACCUUACAAAACAUAAAAGAAUACAUACAGGAGAAAAACCUUAUCUUUGUGGAGAAUGUGGAAUGGCUUUCUCAGAUAGCAGUGGAUUAAGACAGCAUGUGAAACGGCAUACAGAGAUGGGUCCAUGGCGAUGUGAGAAGUGUGAUAUAGUGUAUGAAAAACGUACACCUUAUGAUCUUCACAUGAUGCAGCACCGUGGAGAGAAGCCUCUUGAAUGUGAUGUUUGUGGUAAACUCUUUCAGUAUCGAUCUACUCUUGAUCUCCAUAGAAAAACACAUUUUAAAGAAAAGGUUUUUAAAUGUGAUGUUUGUGGUGAAGAAUUUACUGGUAAAGUUUUACUAAGAAAGCAUCUAAAACAUGUACAUACAGAACGAUACUAUGCCAGACGCCUUGUUGGCUGGAAUGCAGAUAACAAAUCAUCCAAACAACAGGGUGACACCAAACCUCUUAGAUGUGACCAGUGUGGUUUACUUUUUAAGGACAAUGGUAAAUUCUUGCUUCAUCAGAAAGUUCAUUGUCUUGAAAAAAGUUUCAAGUGUGAUGUUUGUGGUUUGGCAUUUGCUAAGAGUUACACACUGGAAGUUCAUAAGCAGAUGCAUCCACAUAUAUCUCCUCUUGUCAAUGCUACCAUGUUGACAGAAGUGCCAUGCCAGGAACUACAAGGAACACCUGCAUCUGAUAUGACACUAACUCCUCUGUACCCUGCAGCCCAAGAACCUUCCAUUGUGACCCAAGAGAUCACACACAUCCCAGCAGGUCAGGUAGUUAUUCCUAGCACCAGCAAGUUCCAAUCCUUUGUGAAAGUGCCCAUAAAAUCCCCAGCCAGCAAGGGCAAGCGAACUAAACCAUGGUAGUUCUGAAUUCACUUGUGAUGUCGGUGGAUGACUAAGGUUGGUAUCCUUGUUUGACUUUGGCCCAGCCUUUUUUCCCCUUUCUUUCUUGGAGUUACGUGAAUCUUUGUGAUUUCUAUUCCUUUAGUACCUCUUGUCCAGUCACUAAACUAUAAUUGCAAUUAUUGGAUUAAACUGUGAUAAUACUUAAAAGAAAUUCAUAUUUGCUAUAUUUUUAUUGUGUAAAUUAGAGAGAACCUCAUAAAACUGAAUUACUGUUUUUAUUGAUUAUAAUUUCUUAUUUCUAAUUGUUAUUAAAUUAA